AGCGGAGCGUCUCCGCUAUAUCCUGGGAGAGGAUGAUGACAUGCCCAACCCCACCCUCUUCACUGAGAUGGACACGCUGCAGCAGGACGGGGACGAGCUGGAGUGGAAAGAGUCUGCUAGGUGGGUGAAGUUUGAGGAGAAGGUAGAGGACGGAGGGGAGAGGUGGAGCAAGCCCCAUGUGUCCACCCUGUCCCUGCACAGUCUGUUUGAGCUCAGGACCUGUCUACAGACCGGCACUGUGGUGCUGGAUCUGGAGGGAUACUCACUGCCUCAGAUAGUUGAUGAAAUCAUUGAGCGGCAGAUAGACGAGGGCAUGUUGUCUCCUGACCUGAGAGAGAAGAUCAGCUUUGUCCUCCUGAGGAAGCACAGGCACCAGACCAAAAAGCCCAUCCACCGCUCUCUGGCUGACAUGGGCAAGGCCAGCGGUGGUGCUCGUAGUCCAGGGGCAGCGGCCGCAUUCAACCGCUCCACAGAGGACCUACGCAUGAAAUCAGGAGGCUAUGGUCGUCUGCGUCAUGCCCAUAGUAGGAGUAUGAAUGACAUUGCAGACACUCUGAGCACAGACCAGCUAAGGAAUAAGUUCAUGAAAAAGAUCCCUAGAGAUGCUGAGGCAUCAAAUGUGCUAGUGGGUGAGGUGGACUUCCUGGAUAAACCCUUUGUAGCCUUUGUCCGCCUGGCACAGGCCACCACUCUGGGAGGACUUACAGAGGUUCCUGUGCCCACCAGAUUCCUGUUUAUUCUGUUGGGGCCCACAGGAAAAGCCAAGUCCUAUAAUCAGAUCGGUCGAGCCAUAGCUACUCUAAUGGUGGAUGACCUUUUUAGUGAUGUGGCGUACAAGGCUAGAGAUCGAGAAGAUCUGAUUGCUGGUAUAGAUGAGUUCUUGGAUGAGGUGAUUGUGCUGCCGCCCGGCGAGUGGGACCCCAAAAUCCGUAUCGAGCCACCUAAGAAGGUGCCCACGGCUGACAAGAGGAAGUCAGUGCACUCUCUGAAUGAGCUGGGUCAGCCGAACGGUACGGCGGGAGGAAGUGGAGGCCACUCUGAGGAUGAGGAGAUGCCAGUGGCUCACGAACUGGGAGAGGAGCUGGCACACACUGGGAGGUUCUGCGGAGGUCUGUUUCUGGACAUGAAGAGAAAGCUGCCCUGGUUUCCUAGUGACUUUUACGAAGGCUUCCAUAUCCAGUCCAUCUCUGCAGUCCUCUUCAUCUACCUGGGCUGCAUAACCAAUGCCAUCACCUUUGGAGGCCUGCUGGGGGAUGCCACAGACAACUAUCAGGGUGUGAUGGAGAGUUUCCUGGGCACAGCGUUGUCAGGAACAGUGUUCUGUAUGUUUAGUGGUCAGCCCCUCAUCAUCCUUAGCUCCACUGGACCCAUCCUCAUCUUCGAGAAACUGCUCUUCGAAUUCAGCAAGAACAAUGGUAUAGACUACAUGGAACUGCGUCUGUGGAUAGGGAUCCACUCCUGUAUCCAGUGCUUCCUCCUGGUUGCCACGGACGCCAGCUACAUCAUCAAGUACAUGACCCGCUUCACAGAGGAGGGCUUCUCCAGCCUCAUCUCCUUCAUCUUCAUCUCUGACGCCAUCAAGAAGAUGAUGGGCUCCUUCAAGUACUAUCCCAUCAACACCGACUUCAAGCCAGACUACGUCACUGCCUACAAGUGCGAGUGCCUGGCCCCAGACCCCAGUGAGUCCAUCCUUGGCUGUAUAUUGAACAUCACAGACCUGGACUGGAGCCAGCUCAGUAAGAAGGAGUGUGUGAAGUACGGAGGCUCUCUGGUGGGCAACACCUGUAAGUACGUCCCUGACCUGGCCCUCAUGUCCUUCAUCCUGUUCUUCGGGACCUACUCCAUGACCGUCUCCCUCAAGAAGUUCAAGUUUAGCCGCUACUUUCCUACCAAGCUGCGGAAGCUCAUCAGUGACUUCUCCAUCUUCAUGGCCAUUAUGACCUUUGUGGGUCUGGACAGGUUAAUCGGGCUUAAAACCCCCAAGCUCAUUGUUCCCACAGAGUUUAAGCCCACACGUCCCGACCGGGGUUGGAUAGUGCUGCCGUUUGGGAAGAACCCAUGGUGGGUGUAUUUGGCCAGCUUCGUCCCUGCUCUCCUGGUCACCAUCCUCAUCUUCAUGGACCAGCAGAUCAGUGCUGUCAUUGUCAACCGGAAGGAGAACAAACUGAGGAAAGGGUGUGGCUACCACCUGGACCUGUUCUGGGUGGGGGUGCUAAUGGCUGUGUGCUCCUUCUUGGGCCUGCCCUGGUAUGUGGCUGCCACUGUCAUCUCCAUCGCACACAUCGACUCGCUGAAGAUGGAAAGUGAGUCCAGCGCCCCUGGAGAGCAGCCCCAGUUCCUUGGUGUCAGGGAGCAGAGACUGACAGGGAUUCUGGUGUUUGUUCUCACUGGAGUCUCCAUCUUCCUGGCUCCCGUUCUACAGUUCAUACCCAUGCCAGUACUUUACGGUGUGUUUCUCUACAUGGGCGUAGCAUCUCUCAGCGGCAUUCAAUUCUGGGAGAGGAUCAAGUUGUACAUGAUGCCGUCCAAGUACCAGCCUGACUUCCCUUUCCUGCGUCACGUGCCUCUGAGGAGGGUCCACCUCUUCACCCUGGUCCAGAUCAUCUGUCUGGCUGUCCUUUGGGUUCUCAAGUCCACCGUUCUGGCCAUCCUCUUCCCUGUCAUGAUCCUGGGGUUGCUGGUGGUGCGUAAGAUGCUGGAUAUGGUGUUCUCUCAACACGACCUGGCCUGGAUAGAUGAUAUCCUGCCUGGGAAAGAUAAGAAGAAGGAUAAGAAGAAGAAGGGCGAUAAAGAUGACACGAAGAAGAAAGACAAGAAGAAAGGGAGAGCAGACGACAGCAAAGACAAGGAGAAGUACCGCGCUUACUCCAACUGCUCGCCCAGCUCUGAGUCUGACCUGGACCGCAGCAUCACCCUGCAUCUGAAGAUCUCCUGUCCCUCGUCCCCGACGGUCCCUAUGGCCCACGGCCGUGGCAUGGCCUUCCCCGUGCCCCAGGUGAAGAUCGAGAUGGAGUCGGACUAGGACACGGACACUGAUCACCCCCGCCACAGGGACUUGGUCAGCGAAACAACGCUUUAGGCGAUUGACAGACCGAGUUGUCACCUGUAGGCACUGACCGCUGUGUGACAGAGCACAGCAAAACGUGGGUCCACUGCGGACUCUGUACAGUACAUAGAUGUAAAAUGCUGACCCACUUACACACCAAGACUCUUCUAGAAUGCCUGCAAAGGACAGUACAAGGUGGCGUGGACUAACAGCUGACAGCAUAUGACACCUAACAUAAAUGAACUGGGAAUACAACAUGCACAUGGAGCACUACAUUUCCCAUAGCUGUCAAUUUCAAUGUGUCCAAAAUCCCAGCAACAGUUUCUGCUUUUAAACUAGGAGGCUCUUUGCUGAACUGUCAUGGAUAUCUCUGUUAAGAACAUGUUGACUGUAUAAUUUUCAGGAUAUGCGUAAGGUUAGAAACACAAUGGAGGGAUAUAGGAGAAAGGUGAGUGAAAGAUCUGGUAUAUGCUGUAUAUAAGAGUAUUUUGUGUCAAGAUAUUUAUUUAGAUUAUAAAAGUAUAUAGUAUGUAUUUUUCACUGUUCAUACAGAUAUAUAUAUAUAUAACAUAUAUAUAAAUAUAUAUAUAUAUAUAUAUAUAUAUAUAUAAAUAUAUAUAUAAAUAGUAAGUAUGAAGUGUAAGGUCCAGAAUAACUUGAAGUGAAAUCCAGAAUUUCAAUGUCAGUAACAUUGGCCUGCCUUUUCAUCUGAUAAAUGAGUUCUUGAAUAUCCUUCUUCAGCAAAUACUUUUGUUUGUGUGUGUGUGUGUGUGUGUGUGUGUGUGUUGUGAGGUUGUAUGGUGCCUCUUCUUGUAGAAAACUAGCUUGCCUAUUCCCUCAUUCCUAUUCCCUCUUGUGUUUUAAAGCCACUGGGGAAAAAAGAAACAGCCAAAAAAUUGUGAAUAGCCUACUUGACUGAAUAUUGUUGUUUUUGAAAAAUGAUUGAUUUGUUAAUAACAUGGUUGAAUACAGCGUUUUCCAAUCGUUAUAUUAUCCCAUACUGCAGGGGUCAUCAACUAGAUUCAGCUGUGGGAUUCUUUUUUUCUUGAGGGGGGGUUAUAAAUUUGUACUCUGCAAAUUGAAAAAAAAAAUACUCUACAGGAUGAAGCAAGAAGCCCAAACCAGGGUUCAUACAUAUUUUGACAGAUGGAUUUUCAUGACUUUUUCAGGACUUCUCCAUGACAUUUAAACAAGUUUCAAUGACAAAAAAAUGGCAUGCUUAAAUGUGUUAUCGACACUGGGAAGCACUUACAAAAGCAUGCACACCCAGUAGCUCUCCAUCUUCCAAAAUAUUGAAUAAUUGUAAAACAUUGCAACUUUACAACCAAAUACAUUUAUGCCUUAAUAAAAAAAAUCACUCAUUCAAUAUAUCUAAGAUCAAAUGGCUAUGAUAGGCCACAAAUCUUUAGAGCUGUGCUUUUGGCUUAGCCCACAUAUUUCUUCAGGAAAUGUACUUUUUUAGUUUAGUCAUAUUUGUCCUAGCUAGGCCUACCUUAGAAGUAUUUACUUUGCAGGCUGACAAGCAUCUAUUGAGUUGCAAUGUCCACAUACAUUUGAUGCCCAAAUCCACUGGAAGUACAGUUGAAGUCGGAAGUUUACAUAACACUUAGGUUGGAGUCAUUAAAACUUGUUUUUC